GGUUUUCCUGUGAUUGCCUUUCCGUUGCCAACGCCAACGGCCACUUGAAUUGAAACCCACCCCUUUUCUUGUGGGAUGAAAGCAAGUGACAGAAGCUGAAAACAUUGAAUGCUAAUUAGCGAGCAAUACAAGUGAAAGAAUCAAGCCGAGAAGAGAAAUUGAAGUUGUUGGUUGGUAGUUUCUUGAAAGGGUAUGGCGACUCUGGCUCCGGGAGUUGUGGUGAAGCUUCUUGAUGGGAUGAAUUCCGGGGUGAAACCCACGAGCGAUCACCGGAGCUCGCUGUUACAGGUAACGGAUAUUGUCCCGGCGGAACUCGACGAGAAAAACCUGUGGCCGAAGCAUGGAUUCUAUAUCAAAGUGUCUGAUUCUUCGCACUCGAUCUAUGUGAGUCUCCCUUCGGAUCAAGAUGAUUUUGUUCUGAGCAACAAAAUGCAGCUUGGUCAAUUCAUAUACGUGGAUAAAUUGGAACCUGGGUCGCCCGUGCCAGUGGUUAGAGGCGCGAAACCACUUCCGGGGCGGCACCCUCUGGUGGGAACACCGGAGCCGGUGAUGCUGAUGGGUUUGAGAGAAAAAGGUGAUAAUAAGUCAAGCGCGAGCGCAAAGGCAAAGGUGUCGGCUCCAAGACGGGGUUCUUGGGGAACAGGAACAGAGCAGAGUGUGGGAGAUGGGUAUCCUUCACCCAUGAUUUUGAAGCCCGUUCCCUUAGACUUCGGCCAGUGUACGCCAGUGAAGGAGCGAAGCGGCGGGGAUAACGUUUUUCCAAUGUCUCCGAUGGUAAGAGGAAAAAAUGGAAGCUCCAGUGGAGGAAUUCGGUCUUCCUUUGGGGGUGGGCUGUUGGCUAAGCUGGUGGAUACAAAAGGAGAGAGCCCUGCAACUGCAAUGCUUAGGAAAAGCUGUGCUGUUCCUUGUGCAUCAAAAUUCCCUAGAAGCAAGAGCGUUUCGGAGCGAGAGCCAAGGAUUUCAUCACCAACUCCCUUCAACUCCAACUCAGCUCUUGUUGCAGCAAAGAAGAGCGCCACUCCACCCCCAAGUUUGCGAAAUCAAAGGACCCCGGCUGCCCCCAGACAAUCCCAGUCUGGCCAUUUAGAUUCUGAUAACAGCACCAGUCUUCCCAUUAACUUACCUGGAAGACUCAGCAUAUUAGGGAAGGAAGCUGUGCAGCAGAGAGAUACGGCUCAGAAGAUCGCCCUCCAAGCCUUGAGAGGUGCUACUGCCACGGAAGCUUUAAUUCGAUCUCUCAGGAUGCUUUCUCGGUUGAGUAAAUCAGCUAGAGCCGACGCUCCUGCCACUUGUUUCAACAAGUUUCUUGAAUUCCACCACCAAAUUGUGCAGGCAGUGAGUGAUAUGGUGUCGAUUCAAGCCGCCACUGAACCGGCUCAAAACCAGAAUUCCAAAAAGCAACCGCAGGAAGAAGAAUCUUCCUCCUCCUCCAUACUAAGCGAAAUCACACCCAACUCCAAUAACAAUCCAGAUUCAAGUUUAUCGAGAAGAAGGUGCGGGUUGUACAAAUCAGUAGCAGCAGCUUGUCCGGAAAGAAGCGAGCAGAAGAAGACCAACUUUGGGAAAAUGCCCCUGCCCACAGCAUCUACUAGUAGUAAUAGUAGCAGUAUGAGUAUGAAUAUGAGUAGUAGUGGGGAGAAUGAUGAAAAUAAGAAGCCUCAAGCAGUAGCAAUGCCAAUACCACCACCAUCAUGGUGCUGCAGCUUGAGCAACACGAUCAAACUGGGAAAGCAGAUUGAAACGGAAGCUGGAAAGUGGUUUAUGGAGUUCAUAGAGAAAGCAUUGGAAGCGGGAAUGAAGAAGACCAAGGGAGUGGGAGACGAGGAUGUCAGGAAAGUCCCUCAGUCUUUACUACUCAAGGUUAUCAACUGGGUGGAGGUAGAACAGUGCAAUAAUAGCAAGAGGCCGGCCCAUCCCAGAGGCCCACUUAUUGCUCGCAAAUUGAGGAUCAAGAUCAAGAACCCUUGAUUCAAAAUUUAUGUAAUCAAUGAAGAAAUCGAGCCCACACUCCAAGGGAUAUUUGUUGUUUGUGUGAGACACAAUUUUUUAUUUUGAGAAGCUCUAAAUUUAGCAUGAAUUGUGAAGCGGUCGUUUGUUUGGAAAUUGGAAGUUAUAUUUUAAAACAAUUUUUGUCUUUUUUAAAAA